AUGUCUACAGGCCCGCGUGCUACGACACACAAGACCGGAGGUAGCUUCACGACGAUGCUCCUCGGCACGGCCUUCUUUGUUGGCGUUUUCGGGACGUUUUACUACUCACGCUUCGCAGCCCACCGCAAGGACGACCAGACGUGGAUCGCUCGUCGGGCCCAGCAACAUCCGGGCCACAUGCACAACGGCUCGCGCAUCGUGAGCACCAAUGACGGCGAGGUCGAGUCGAGCGACGACGGAGGCCGACGCAUUCCCUUGCCAGGCAACGACGACAACCGCGGCAGCGAGGGCGCUAAGGCGGGAUUGAUGAGUGCUGCAGCGGGACGCGGCGCGAACCCGGAUGGCAAGGUGCCCAAGGAGCCGGGAAAUAUACCACAGCCUGCGCCGCAGAGGAGAAACGAGGACGGGUCGCAAUAUACGAAGGUGCUGGGUAACUAUGCAGAGGGCUACAAAGAGCGCCCGAAAGACCCAGAGGAAGGGCGCUCUUGA